GGGGUUUUAGAAUUGUUGCAGAGCAAAAAUGGCAGAUGGUGCUGUGAACUUCUUACUAGAGAAACUAACAACCAUCCUAGUGCAAAAAGCCUCAUUACUGGGAGAAGCACAAGGUGAAAUUGAUGAGAUUAAGCUUGAAUUAGAGAGCAUGAGAUCCUUCUUAAGAGAUGCAGAGAGAAGAAAGGAAAGGAGUGAAUCAGUGGAAACAUGGGUCAGGCAAGUGAGGGAAGUUGCAUAUGAAAUUGAGGAUAUCGUUGAUGAGUUCCUACAUCACAAAGAAAGGUGUUGGCAUGGGGAUGGGCUCAAGGGUUUUGUCCAAGGUGUUGUCAACCUGCCCAAGGACAUGACUGCAAGGCACCAAAUCUCUUCAAAGCUGCAGAAGCUUAAGGCAAAGGUUCAUGAAGUUUCAGAGAGAAGCAAGAGGUAUGGUUUUGAUGAGAUCAAUGAAGGAAGAAGACUAGGUGCAGCCUGUGAAAGGUGGGGAGAAUUACCCAUCUUUGCUGAUGAAGAUGAGUUAGUAGGGAUGGAGGAAAACACACAGAAAAUGCUUGAAUGGUUGGAAGAAGAUGAACCACACAGGACCAUUUUCUCCAUUGUGGGAAUGGGUGGUUUAGGCAAGACUACUCUGGUCACUAAAGUCUACGAAAAGGUUAAGCGAGACUUUGACUGUUGGGCAUGGAUAUCAGUUUCCCAAACAAAUGGAAGUGGGGAGCUAUUAAGAAGCAUGAUCAAAGAGUUUCUUGAGAUCAAGCAAGUGAUGGUUCCAAGCAACUUGGGGUCAAUGAACUACAUGCAGCUUGUGCGAAUGCUCAUAGACUAUUUGCAUCCAAAAAGGUAUGUUGUCGUCUUAGAUGAUGUAUGGAGCAUAGAUCUUUGGAGUCAAAUCAGAGGUGUCUUCCCUAAUAAUAGAAAUGGAAGCAGAAUUAUCCUCACAACAAGGAAUGAGAAUGUAGCUGCCUCUGUAGGAAUUGGAAACCAAAUUCAUCGCCUUCAGCCCCUCCAAGAUACUGAUGCUUGGGCUCUCUUCUGCAAGAAGGCCUUUUGGAAUGACCUGGGUCGCAGUUGUCCCAAAGAACUGGAACCAUUAGCUCGUGCCAUCAUGAAGAAAUGCGAAGGCCUGCCGCUUGCGAUAGUGGCUGUUGGAGGGCUCAUGUGCUCCAGAAACAAGACAGUUGCGGAAUGGAAGAAGGUUUAUGAAAGCAUCAACUGGCAACUGAGCCACAAUCCCAUGCUUGAACAAGUGAAGAGCAUAUUGUUGUUGAGUUUCAAUGAUUUACCCUUCUACCUAAAGCACUGUUUCUUAUACUGCUGCAUUUUCCCUGAUGGUUAUCCAAUCAAGAGGAAGAAGCUGAUCAGGCUUUGGGUGGCAGAAGGGUUCAUCACAGAAAGAAAAGGUAUGACAAUGGAGGAGAUAGCAGAGGAGUACCUUACAGAGCUGAUUUUUCGAAGCAUGGUCCAAGUUACAGAGACUAAUGAUGAAGGAAGGGUGAAGACAUGCCGAGUACACGACCUCAUGCGUGAACUGGCCAUGACAACAUCUGAGAAGGAGGAUUUCUGCACUGCAUCUGAUGGCAGAGAAGCAAGACUAGAAAGGAAGAUCCACCGGUUAUCAGUCUACAACAGAGGUGAAAACAUCAGGUUGAGCGGGAGAAUGUCACGUGGACUCCGCUCUUUCUUCGUCUUUGAGACUGAUGUCUCCUCCCCAUUCUCCCUGAAUGAAGUGUUGGCCAAAUUCAAACUACUGAGGGUCCUUGAUUUGCAGGGAGUUUCCAUUGAAACUGUGCCAAGCUCACUGCUUGGCCUAUUCAAUUUGAGGUACUUAAACCUGAGGGAGACAAAGGUGAGGGAGCUUCCUAAGCCUUUGGAAAGGCUCAAGAAUCUACAGACCUUGGAUGUCCGGAACACCAACAUGGAGAGGCUUCCCAAUGGAGUAUCAAAGCUACUGAAACUACGACAUCUGUACAUGUAUCACAACAAUGAAGGGAGUUCCAGAACUCCCAGCCUUCUCAGAAGCAUGCAGGCUCCUGCAGGAAUAUGGAAUGCCCGGAGCUUGCAGACACUAGUAUGCAUCGAGGCAGAGGAGCAGCUUAUCAAGCAAAUCCAGAACCUGACUGAACUCAGAAGGUUGGAGAUCACUAAUUUGAGAGCAGUUGAUGGGCCAAGACUCUGCGCUUCAGUUCAGAAGAUGACAAGCCUUAUCCGGCUAGGUGUAAUGGCAGCUGAUGGGGAAGAGCUUCAGCUGGCAGCUCUGUCUCUGCCCCCAUUGGUUCUUCAAAAGCUAACACUGGUGGGAAGACUAGAUGGCCUACCUCACUGGCUUGGAUCACUGGCAAACCUCACUCACUUGCAUCUGGGCUUGUCUCAACUGCAACAAGAAAUAAUUUCUUCUCUCAAUGCUCUGUACAACCUGGUUUUCCUUCAGCUCAAGAAGGCUUAUGAUGGGGAGGUCCUGGACUUCAGGAUCGGAUGGUUUCCCAGGCUCAACAAACUGAAUUUGCUGGAGCUCAGGCGAUUGGAUAGUGUAAGAGUAGAGGAGGGUGCACUGCCAAGCAUCCAGGAGCUGUAUCUGAUUCGAUGCCCGGCCUUGAAGGUACUUCCUGAGGGGAUUGAAUAUCUUACCGGCCUUCAGAAGCUGCACUUGGAGGAAAUGCCAGAAGAGCUUGUAGGAAGGCUGAGAAGUGAUAUUAGUGAAGAUCAAUCAAAGGUUCAACACAUUCCUACAAUCAAUCAUGUAUUUAUGGAAGAUCAAAGUUGGGUAAUUGAGACACUUUAAUGGUUUAACUCUUCUUAUA